CUUCCAGUUGCAACCCAUCUUUGGGAAAUGAUCUGUUUAUAUCUGUGAGCAGAAUACUGAGCUUUUAGGAUAUUUAUGUACAAGUGAAAACACUUACAAUCUGUCUCAGGGGAGAUCCAGCAGAUCUGAAUUCAGUGAGACGUGUUAUUGGACAGAUGGAGCAGAACCUCUCAGCUAAUAAUCCUCAUGCUGGAUUCACUCACACUGACCCUGAAGUGAACAUGAGCAUCACGUCACACACACUAGAUUACUCACAGGAUGUUCAUCACCUCACACACAUUUUCCACUCCAGUUUAAUGUUAAUAUAUAUAUAAUAAACUGUGCUGUAAAUAAAGUGUCCUGUCUUUAAUUUUGUAGUCUAAUAACUCUCCAUUCUCUUCAGUGGAUGAAGUGUUGAAACUCUUCUAAAUGAAUCUGAUGAUUGUGUUUGUGUCUCUGUACAUGUUGAGUCCGAUCAGAAGAGUUCAAAACAGUCAAGAGUUGAUUUCUGCAUUCUUCAUGUCAAGAUUAAUCCUGGACUUGAACUCAAACACUGCUGCUGAGCUGAUUGGCUGAAGUGUGUUGAGUUGUCCACUAUAAACUGGUGUAGUGUCAGGAAGACAAAGAGUGAGGCUGAUCUGAGAGGAAGCUGCAGAAGCACAGGAAGAGCUGCUGCUGUUUAAACAAGAGCUCAACAUAUAUAUAUAUAUAUAUAUAAAGCAGAAGACGAGUGUCAGACACACAGAAUGGCUGAUAGGAGUCCUCUGUUUCUGCUGCUCAUCUUCUGGACACUCAGCACAGGUGUGUUUGGCGAAGAGGACACUCAUGUGUUCAGCAGAUCUGGAGAAACUGUUCAUCUGCCCUGUAGAAACACUGAUCAGUACUGCAGAACAUCAGGAACUACAUGGCUCUACAGCAAAUACACACAGUCAUGGACAGACACACUGAUUAAUUUAGGAGUAAAACGGACAACCCCAGAGAGACUGAAUCUGGGCUCUGACUGCUCUCUGAUCAUCAGUAGAGUCACAACAGAAGAUGCUGAACGUUACACCUGCCAACAGUGGAGUGGAGAAGGAGGACACCAGUAUGGAGCUGAUUCAGUUGUGUAUCUGCAUGUUGUUGCUGUCUCUCCAUCAUCAUCAUCAUCAUCAUCAUCAUCAUCAUCAUCAUCAUCUUCAUCAUCUUCAUCUUCAUCUGAUAUUGGUCCGGGUCUCUCUCUGACUCUCUCCUGUCGGCUGUUCUCAUAUUAUGAAGUCUCCUGUGGUGACUUGUUCAGUUCUGAGGAUCUUCAUCUGUCCUGGGUGAAUGGGGCUGGUGUUGAUCUGAACACAGACUCCAGAUAUCAGAUCUCUUCUACAGGCUGUAUCAUCAGUCUGUCUACAACACUCAUCAGUGAAGAUGAAGAUAAACAGUGGAGAUGUGGAGUCUAUCAGAGAAAUCAACUGAAGACCUCAGACACGUUUACUGUCCACUAUUCAGCAACAACAACAACAGCAGCAGCAGCAGCAGCGACUCCAGAACACAACACAAACAAGAAAACAAAAAACCCCAGAGCUGCUUCACCAGUGCUUUCAGUUCUGCUUUCUGCUGCUGCUUUGGCUGUUUUCAUCGCUGCUGUUCUGUGUUUGAUCCAGCGCAGAAGAAGAGCUGCUCAUCAAAGAGCGAGCGGUGAAUCAGCGGUCAAAGAUGAGAAUCAAGUCCACUAUCAAACAAUCCACAUGUCCAUUAAUCCUGCUGCCAGAGCCCAUGAGCAGACGGAGGAUUCAGUCACUUAUUCUGAGGUCACUUGUGCUGGGAAAAAGCCGGAGAAAUCAGCCAGUGAUGAUGAUGGUAAUGACUCAGUGACUUACGCCGCCGUCAGCAGAAGAGCUUAAUGUGUGCAGAAGAAGAAAAAGAGCCUUCAGGAAUAAAGAUCAACACAAACAGGCAGAAAUCACAGCAGCAUCACUGCAGCAUUUCAGGAGCACAAGUUUCCCUCAAAUGCGCAGAUUCAGGACUUUAGUGUGGAGAAUUGGAGAGAUUUAGAGCAGAACAAACACAGCUGGAAUAUUACUGCACUGGAAAGAGGACAAAGCAGCUGUUCUGAAGGAGAGAAAGAAAGA